UUCAGCUGUAGAUUUCGAGGAAGGAUGCUAUGGCGUCGACGCGGGGCUUCAACUCGAAAAUGAACGUGCGUAGGGAUGCAUGCAGAUUCGAUCGGAAUGGUUUUCGUAUUCAUCGACACAGUCGUGUUCGUUGGCUCCUGUGUGUUACAGUUUGAUGAACAUAUCCGCUCAAGCACUCGAUAGCAGCAGCGCGAACAGAAGGACGAAGGUCACCAUGACUGGCAUGACAAGAGUGUUCACGUAUACGGACAGUAACAUUCCCGUGCGCUACCAAGCCCUGAUGAAGAAGAUUGAAGAAAUGGGAGCUCGAAAAGUUGGUCGGUUCGUCGUACACUGCCGCAUGCUGUCUCGCCGCGUGCUCGUCGAUGGCUACGCAAACCAGCGCAUGUAUUUGCUUCGCAUGUCUCAAAAUGAUGAUCUUAUCUAUGCCGUGUUGGGCAACGAGCGCACGGAUGCUUCAUUGGGGAUCAAGCUCGAGAAGGGGCUUCCAUCAAGUGAAAACGGACUGGACGGACCUUUGGACGAGUGCUGUCUGCUGGAAUGCGGGUUGGAAGGGUCUAAUAUCUUGCAGCAAGUUGAGAUUUAUCUUCCCAAGUCCGAUGGCAAGUUCGAGGGAAUGCAAUUCCUUUUUGGCGACUUUCUUGUGAGCAUUUGCACGUUUGUGUGCCGCGCCAACACCCCCACAGGUCUUACCGUCGAAGUCCAGUACAAGCCCUGCUCGGUCGUCGGCGACGCCAAUCAAGACAAACUCCUUGACGAGUUUAUGUCGAUCUUGGCUGACUCGACCCCUGCCGACGCUGCGAGUCCGGUCAAGAAGCCCAUAGCAAAUAUUCUCGGAUUGUUUCACAAACUCAAACUCGGCGACGAAUACAGCCAUAAACACACGGCCAUCCAAUACGUCGCGGCGUUCAAUCUGCUGCGUAAAUAACAUACAACACCCCAUCCUUCGAUA